AUGUCUGCCUCGACUACCAAGUUACCUAAAGGCGUCGACCGCGAUUUUCUCACCGGCCGGCGACAACCCGGCUCGGGCGAGGUAUGCAUUGGCAUGACCAUUAACAAGCACGCUCACCUGGAAGCAGGAUGCCUGGGAUACCUGGACGCCGCGGUGACCUUCCCCUUCAUCGUGUGGGUAGAACCCAAGUCUGGCGAAGAAAAGGAUUUUACGGCAUGUACCAAAAAGGACCUUGACGAUGCCCUUUAUGGGACUUGGGCCGAUGAGCCGGAGCUCGGCCAACUGGCGUUUGGCUGGUGGAGGUGCGGCGGAAUCCUUACCAAGGGUUAUGGCAUUGCCCGUCAAGUCUGUCGGCGCCUGGUUUAUCCUCUUGUUGAUGCUAUUCCUGAGAAGAAUUACUGCCAGUUGAACGAUCUCAGUGACACGUUGCUGCGGGAAUUGCUUUCAGAGGGUGAGGCGGAUGCCUCCAUCCCGCAGGAUCGUUUGCGCCUGCUGCGAGAGGCUAUUGCUGCUCGAAACAUCACUCAAGAGGCUUCUGACCAACGGUCUCCCUACGCUUAA